AUGGAGAACGGCACAGCGGGACAAGGUGAGGGCAGAGACCCCUCGGGCUUUUUGUCACAGCUACAUGGCAACCCCGUCACCGUCAAGCUCAACUCUGGUGUGGUUUACAAGGGAGAGCUUCAAUCCGUUGAUGGUUACAUGAACAUCGCGCUUGAGAAGACUGAGGAGUACGUCAACGGUGUGAAGCGGAGGACGUAUGGCGAUGCCUUCGUUCGAGGCAACAAUGUCAUGUACAUCUCCGCAGAUUGA